GUUGAAGUUCAUGAGUUCGCCCAGCCUCAGUGACCUGGGCAAGAGAGAGCCGGCCGCCGCGGACGAGCGGGGCACGCAGCAGCGCCGGGCCUGCGCCAACGCCACCUGGAACAGGCGAAGACAUUCGACUGCGUGGAUCAUAACAAAUUAUAGAUAACAUUGUGAAGAAGAGGAAUUCCAGGACACUUAACUGUGCUCAUGAGGAACCUGGACAUAGGCCAAGAGGCAGUUGUUCGGACAGAACAAGGGGAUACUUUGUGGUUUAAAGUCAGGAAAGGUGUGCGUCAGGGUUGUAUCCUUUCACCAUACCUAUUCAAUCUGUACACUGAGCAAAUAAUCCGAGAAGCUGGACUAUAUGAAGAACGGGGCAUCAGAACUGAGGAAGACUCAUUAACAACCUGCGUUCUGCAGAUGACACAACCUUGCUUGCUGAAAGUGAAGAGGACUUGAAGCACUUACCGAUGAAGAUCAAAGACCACAGCCUUCAGUAUGGAUUGCACCUCAACAUAAAGAAAACAAAACUCCUCACAACUGGACCAAUAAGCAACAUCAUGAUAAAUGGAGAAAAAAUUGAAGUUGUCAAAGAUUUCGUUUUACUUGGAUCCAUAAUCAACACCCAUGGAAGCCACAAUCAAGAAAUGAAAUGACAUAUUGCAUUGGGAAAAUCUGCAAAAGACCUCUUUAAAAUAUUAUAAAAGGGAAAGAUGUCACUUUGAAGACUAAGGUGUGUCUGACCGAAGCCAUGGUAUUUUUCAUUCACCUCAUGAGCAAGGGAAAGCUGGACAGUGAAUACGGGAGACUGAAGAAGAGCUGGUGCCUUUGAAUUACGUUUCGAAGCGUACUGAAUGGACUACCAGAAGAACAAACAAGUCUGUCUUGGACGAAGCACAGCCAGAGGGCUCCUUAGAAGCGAGGCUGACGAGAAGGACAUGCUUGGUAAAGCAGGUGGUCAGCAAAAAAGAGCAAGAUCCUCGAGGAGGCGGAUUGACACAGUGGCUGCGACAAUGGGCCCAAACAUACCAACGGUUGUGCGGACGGCGCAGGACUGGACAGUGUUUCUUUCUAUUGUUCAUAGAGUGGCUAUCAGUCCUAACUGACUCACCUGCACCUAACAAUGACAAGAGCCAUUUUGGACUUCUGACCUCCAGGCUGUAAGAGACAUCCACAACGGGGUGAUCGCCGUCUUCCAGCGCAAAGGGCUGCCCGACCAGGAGCUCUUCAGCCUCAACGAGGGUGUCCGGCAGCUGCUGAAGACGGAGCUGGGGUCCUUCUUCACCGAGUACCUGCAGAACCAGCUGCUGACGAAAGGCAUGGUGAUCCUUCGUGACAAGAUCCGCUUCUACGAGGGACAGAAGCUGCUGGACUCGCUGGCGGAGACGUGGGACUUCUUUUUCAGUGACGUGUUGCCUACGCUGCAGGCCAUCUUCUACCCCGUGCAGGGCAAGGAGCCGUCGGUGCGCCAGCUGGCCCUGCUACACUUCCGGAACACCAUCACGCUCAGUGUGAAGCUGGAAGACGCGCUGGCGCGCACCCAUGCCCGUGUGCCGCCAGCCAUCGUACAAAUGCUGCUGGUGCUACAGGGGGUACACGAGUCCAGAGGCGUGACUGAGGACUACCUGAGGCUGGAGGCGCUGGUCCAGAAGGUGGUAUCACCCUACUUGGGCACCUACGGCCUCUACUCCAGCGAGGGUUCCUUCGCACACUCCUGCAUCCUGGAGAAACGCCUUCUGCGCCGCUCGCGCUCUGGGGACAUCCUGGCCAAGAACCCCGUGGUGCGUUCUAAGAGCUACAACACGCCGCUGCUGAACCCGGUGGCUGAGCACGAGGCCGAGGGGGCCGCAGGCGGUGGCACCGGCAUCCGCAGGCACUCUGUCUCCGAAAUGACAUCGUGCCUCGAGCCCCAGGGCUUCGCUGACGCAGCCCCCCACUCGGGGCCCUGCCCCAGCAGACUGUACCCCCCGGCCCAGGCUGCCGAGCAAGGCCUGGACCCUGCCCACAGCUCCCCUCCCACCUCGAGCCCCGAGAACCUGGUGGACCAGAUCCUGGAGUCCGCCGACUCGGACUCCGAAGGGAUCUUCAUUGACUUCGGCCGGGGCAGCGGCUCUGGAGAGUUCGAGGGGGCCGGGGGCCAGCAGAGCGUCGUGUGAGGGACGUUUUCACCAAGCCCAAGCGUGCAUGUGUGUGUGUGUGUGUGUGUGCAUGCGUGUCUGGUGUGUGUGUGCAAAACUUUUUUACUCUGCCCGGUCCUCACCGGUCUCCUGUCGGCCUUCCCCCUGGGCCCCGUUCACUUCCGUAUUCCGGAAUCAUCUUUGUGGGGAAACGACCCGCUGCCCCUGCUCGGCCCAAGCCACAGCACCCCUCCAUCCGGGCGUCCGAGUCACUGACCCCACCGACCCUCACGUAGCGUCUCUCAAGUGCACAUCCAUCAACUUCGUGCCCACAAGGUGGGGUCGGCCACUUGCUCCCCACCUUCCUGGCCACCCCAAGCCCCCGAAUGUCCACGCUUACGGAGAAUGGGAAUCCCAGGGGAUUCUGUCUGCCCCGGCUAGGCCAGGCCCCAGGAGGCCUCUGUGCAUGGCUCUGUCCCAGGACCCUCUGCUGGUGGCCAUGGGAUGGGAAGGGCAGAAUAAAGUGUGUCUGCCCCUCUCCUGUCUCUUGACUGGAGGGACAGGCCUGUCCACACCA